GAAGUGUUAAAAUCCUACAAUUCCCUCCAUUUCCCUAUUCUCCAAAUUCAAUCUUCAAAAUCUUAGCUAGACUGAUCCCCAUCUGCAAGUUCAUAUCUUUUCAUGGACCUCCUUCAAUCAUACGCUGAUAACGACGAUGUCGAUCUACAACAAUCACCGCCGCCGCCAUCAGAUAUGACAGAAUCAGCAGAUGGGAACGAUAACUCAUCACCAGACUCUUCCCCAGUUCGAAUCUCUCUCCCUUCCAAAUCCGCCGCACCUAAAGUCGACGAUACAACGCUAGCGCUUACUGUCGCCCAAGCGAAUCGUGCCCUAUCCAAGCCCUUAGACCCAUCUCAGCAUGUCGUCGCUUUCAAUCCCACUUUCGACCAGCUCUGGGCACCAAUUUAUGGCCCUGCUCAUCCUUUUGCUAAAGAUGGAAUUGCUCAGGGUAUGCGGAAUCAUAAACUAGGGUUUGUUGAAAAUGCUGCGAUUGAGCCUUUUGUUUUCGAUGAGCAGUAUAAUACUUUUCAUAAAUUUGGGUAUGCUGCUGAUCCAUCUGCCUCUGCUGGGAAUAAUUAUAUUGGCGAUCUGGAUAAAUUGAAGGAUACUGAUGGGAUUUCAGUGUAUAAUAUACCACAACAUGAGCAGAAAAAGAGGAGGAUUGAGAAGAAGAAGAAGCAGGCGGAGGAAGAUGAUAUGGAGGCUGACGAGAAUGAUUUGGUGAAGGAUGACUUUGAUAAUCCGGCUACAGAUGCUUGGCUUUUGAAGAAUAAAAAGAGUCCUUGGGCAGGGAAGAAAGAAGGUAUUCAAGGUGAAUUAACUGACGAUCAGAAGAAAUAUGCUGAGGAGUACGCAAAGAAGAAGGAGGAGAAAGAACACGGGCAUGGUGACAAGGGAGAAGCUAUUUCUGAUAAGAGUACAUUCCAUGGGAAGGAGGAGAAAGAUUAUCAAGGAAGGUCUUGGAUUUCACCUCCAAAGGAUGCUAAAGCAAUGAAUGAGCACUGCUACGUGCCCAAGAGAUUAGUUCAUACGUGGAGUGGACAUACAAAGGGUGUUUCAGCUAUUCGAUUCUUCCCCAAACAUGGUCAUUUGAUACUUUCUGCAGGGAUGGACACAAAGGUGAAGAUCUGGGAUGUGAUGAAUUCGGGAAAAUGUAUGCGUACUUACAUGGGUCAUGGAAAGGCAGUUCGGGAUAUUUGGUUUUCAAACGAUGGAUCAAAGUUUUUAUCUGCUGGAUAUGAUAAGAAUAUCAAGUAUUGGGAUACUGAAACAGGGCAGGUGAUAUCCACGUUUUCAACUGGUAAGGUACCUUACGUAGUAAGGUUGAAUCCUGAUGAGGAUAAGCAAAACAUUCUUCUGGCAGGUAUGAGUGAUAAGAAGAUUGUUCAGUGGGAUAUAAACACUGGACAGAUCACUCAAGAGUAUGAUCAGCAUCUGGGAGCGGUUAAUACAAUUACUUUUGUGGACAACAAUAGGAGAUUUGUCACUUCAAGUGAUGAUAAAUCUCUUCGUGUUUGGGAAUAUGGGAUACCUGUAGUUAUAAAGUAUAUUAGUGAGCCUCACAUGCAUUCUAUGCCUUCAAUUGCGCUACACCCAAACUCAAACUGGCUUGCUGCACAGAGUUUGGACAAUCAGAUUCUUAUAUACGGAACCAGAGAGAGAUUUCAACUGAACAAGAAGAAAAGAUUUGCUGGGCACAUAGUUGCUGGAUAUGCUUGCCAGGUCAAUUUUUCACCGGAUGGAAGGUUUGUCAUGUCAGGAGAUGGGGAGGGAAGAUGUUGGUUCUGGGAUUGGAAAAGUUGCAGAGUUUUUAAAACCCUGAAAUGCCACAAUGGAGUUUGUAUUGGCUGUGAGUGGCAUCCACUCGAACAAAGUAAAGUCGCAACAUGUGGCUGGGAUGGCUUAAUCAAGUACUGGGACUAGCUUUUACAAAUCCCAAGUCCAGAUGGUGGUGUAUUAGAUGUGGCGAUUGAUGAAUUUGGCUGCAGUGGUGGUGUAAUAUGGAGAAUCAGAAUCCUCCUUAGAGGCUAAGAUGUGUAAUUUGGAUUAGUUACUUCAGAAUUUGCUACAGUUUGAUCCCGGUUUUUUAAAUUUGAAAUAUUUGUGUUAAUGAGUUGCAUUUUCAUCC